GGGCCGCGCAGCGGCGGAAACCGGCGCGCGGCGAUAAGAGGCUGCACGGCGACAUGCCACAGUCUCUCGCCGCUGCCCGACGAGUCGGGGCGCUCGCCAUGCUCCCGUGACCCGACCCGGCCAGUUCCCAUUCCCGUGGCGGGCAUCCCGGAGUCGCGAUCCCACAAUGCCCCGGGCAGUCGGGGCCCCGGCGGGCAGCCUGCACGGCCACGUGAGAGGUUGGUACUAAGAAGUGCCUUUCCUGACGUCUCUGCUGCUUGGAACCGCUUCUAGAGCAGCCUCUGCUUUUGCCUUGCUUGCUGCCAGCUAGACUGUGACGACAGCCCAUCCGCCCUCCACCUCUAGCCCAGACACCCCCAUUUCUACUUCUAAUCAGGAGAAAAGCUCUGAGUAUCUGCCAUUGCCCUAGGCUGCUUUAGUUUAGAAGAAAAGUUUGCUGAAAAAGUAAGAUACCUUCUGCCAGGAAAUCAAGGAGGAAAAAAAAAAUCAUUUUCUCGAUUUUGCUCUAAACUGCUGCAUCUGUCUAUGCCAAACUAAUCAAUACCGAUUGCACCACCAAACUCCAGCGCAAAUUCAGCUGUGAGGAGAUUCCCUGUCAGACAACUUUGCUGAGAGCAGCUUGGAAAUUCGGUGUCAGAGGGUCUGCCACGUUUUCAUGCUUGCAUUUUGGGCUCCAAAUUGGCACUGGGAAGGGGUUACUGAGCACAAGGCUGAUUCCAGGCCCUCCUGUAAGCACCCAUCCACUCACAGUCCUGGUAUUCCUCUCAAAACCAAAACCUCUUUGAAUUAACAGUUUCAUGCUGUGAAUUUCUAGUGGAGGUCUAGUGAUACUGAAGUCACACUUUUCCACGUGCCGUGAAAGCAGGGAGUGGGGAAGCAGCCUUCUGGACAUUUUCAUUACCAUUUCACACUUCUGAGUUUUAUCAGUUUCUAUCUUGUUUUUUUGUUUUUGUUUUUUGUUUUUUUGGUUUUGUUUUGGUUACUGAUUUUUCUUUUUCUUUUUCUUUUUUUUUUUUUUUUGAGAGGGGUUGGGUUUGUUGGUUUCAUUGACCACUUAACUACCUGUAAAAUAUAAACAUGGCUGUUAGUGUCACACCAAUUCGGGACACAAAAUGGCUAACACUGGAAGUAUGUAGAGAGUUUCAAAGAGGGACUUGCUCACGGCCAGACACGGAGUGUAAAUUUGCACAUCCUUCGAAAAGCUGCCAAGUUGAAAAUGGACGAGUAAUCGCCUGCUUUGAUUCACUGAAAGGUCGUUGCUCCAGGGAGAACUGCAAAUAUCUUCACCCACCCCCACACUUAAAAACGCAGUUGGAGAUUAAUGGACGAAAUAACUUGAUUCAGCAGAAGAACAUGGCCAUGUUGGCCCAGCAGAUGCAGCUAGCCAAUGCCAUGAUGCCUGGUGCCCCAUUACAGCCCGUGCCAAUGUUUUCAGUUGCACCAAGCUUAGCCACCAAUGCAUCAGCAGCCUUUAAUCCCUACCUGGGGCCUGUUUCCCCAAGCCUGGUUCCAGCAGAAAUCUUGCCUACUGCACCAAUGUUGGUCACGGGGAAUCCUGGAGUUCCAGUGCCAGCUGCUGCUGCAGCUGCUGCACAGAAGUUAAUGCGGACAGAUAGACUCGAGGUGUGUCGAGAGUACCAGCGAGGCAACUGCAACCGGGGAGAAAAUGACUGUCGGUUUGCUCACCCUGCCGACAGCACAAUGAUUGACACCAACGACAACACCGUCACCGUCUGCAUGGAUUACAUCAAAGGGAGAUGCUCUCGGGAAAAGUGCAAAUACUUUCACCCUCCCGCACACCUGCAAGCCAAGAUCAAGGCUGCCCAGUACCAGGUCAACCAGGCUGCAGCGGCACAGGCUGCAGCCACUGCAGCUGCCAUGACUCAGUCGGCUGUCAAAUCACUGAAGCGACCCCUCGAGGCAACCUUUGACCUGGGAAUUCCUCAAGCUGUACUUCCCCCAUUGCCAAAGAGGCCUGCUCUUGAAAAAACCAACGGUGCCACCGCAGUCUUUAACACUGGUAUUUUCCAAUACCAACAGGCCCUAGCCAACAUGCAGUUACAGCAGCAUACCGCCUUCCUCCCACCAGCUGUGUUAUGAUGCUCUCUUGCUGUAAGACCCCUUUGCCUUCAAGACACCAGAGUUUUAUGAAAUGACUCAAUUUUGACAAUUUCACCCAUUAGUUUGCAAAAUGGACCGAGACAGUUAAAAUGUAUUCAUCCUAGAGCUCUUAAGAUGUGCUCUUCGUAUUAAUUAUGCAUUGCUAAAAUUACUCUUGUGCCAAUGCUGAAAUUAAAGUCCAACUUCCCUUGGUGUUUGUAUUUACUGCUUAGUCAUCCCAUGGUCUUCCUCUUUAGUGCUUAGUCAUGCCUCUCUGGUUUCAGCUCCCUUUCAGCUUGCUCACAUCCACAUACUCUCAUUCAUAGAGAUUUAAGGGUUAAAAACACGAAUAACUCACUAAGUUGGUUAGAAAUUUACUAUUUCAACAUCCUUAAUUCUUUUGUUUUGUACAUUGCUUCACUUUUUAUACACCUCAUAUUUUAAAAUUAAUUAACCAAGAGUAUCAGUAAUCUCUUUUUCCUAUACAUGGUUUUAUUUUGAGAACACUUUGAUAAAAUAGUUUAUUAAAAAUUAGUAAAUUAAUAGCUAGGUAUGUACAUCAUGGCUCUACCACCUUGUGCUAUGGUGACAGUAUUUAGAGUAUCAUGUUCCUGUGAUAAUAAAGAAUAGGAUCGUUUUCUUUUAGACCUAUUAGCAAAUUAAUACAUUCUGCUCAUAUUAGAUAUUGCUGAGAAACAAAACUUUUUGUCUGAUUCAUUUGGAAAACUGGCCAUCCACACAUGGAAUAAAUAAGCUAGCUGAACUGUUUUAUUAAAAUGCUCCAGGGUAAAAUGGUAGCUAUACUCUUGAGAUAGCAUUCUUCAAGUGGGAGUUUGUCCAGCCAGAUUAGGAUAAAAAUUAAAUGACCUUCAUCUAUAACAUAUUCAUUGAUCUUAGGGAAGUUUUUACACUAAAGCACACAGUAUCUCUCAGUUCCUUAUAUAGCGUUGUUUGGAGACUUCCAGUGAUUCAUUGUCUUGCUUUUUGAUUAAGUUUCUGUGCUUCUAGAUUUUUACUGUUUUCAAUGAACAGUCGCUCAGUUUUAUAUAACCAGAUCUCUAGGCCAGGCUUGAAGGGAUUAUUAGAAUACUUAAACAAAUUAAAAUUAUAUUUCUGUCAUUUUUUCUAUUGAAUUAAAAUGUUACCCUUAAAAAUCAUAGUUUCCCUAUUUGAAAUUUGAAAAUGAAAUAAAUUACCUUCUUCCAUUUGUUAUGUAAGAGAACUUGAAAUAGUACAUCUUAUCUGUGUUUUCUUUUUUAAUUUCUUACUAAUAUUCAAACAUUUCAUCCUCCUCUAAAUCACCAUGGCCAGCAGUUGAGUGUGGAGUGCAGUGUGACUCUGACAGUUUGACCCUUUACCAGCUUUGUGGUCUGUUUAUAAACUAAACAACUGUGCAGGCUCAAGUUAGGGGACAGUAAUUGUAUCCAUGCUUCAGAAUCAGUUGCCCACUACUUUUCAAAGAUAUAUUAGUAAUUUAAAAUAUGCUUAAAAUAGGUUGAAAUUUUAAAGAUAUACUUGCAUUUUAUAUGAAUUUUUAUAUCAGAGAGAUUCUGAUAUCUUGAUAUUAUAUUUACCAUUAUACCAUUAUGUGAAGCUAUGAUGGCAGGCAUAUAAAAGAAUAUAUAUUUGCAACCUGAUCUGAAGGGUGUACAGCCAGGUUGAGUUAUUCGUUAGCCAUAUAACCAGAGAUAAAUGCUACCAUCCUGACUUAAAAAUAAAAAUACUUCCAUUAUUUUACAUAUAUAUCAGCAUGUACAUGAAAAAUGACCCUAUGAUAUCUCUAUUUCUGCCAAACCCCUUAGUCAGAAAGGUAGAAAAUAAAGAUUUUUUACGGGGAAAAUAAAUCUAUACCCCAAAAGCCACACAGGGACCAAAACAAGUAAGAACUGUGGAGUCUGGAAAACUCUGGGAGUCCAGACCCAGCCUAAGGGGACUAGUUACUGUUUAGAUUGCCUGGUAGGUGGUACCAAGGCCUCCUGAUGGCCCAUGUCCAUCAUGUUGCGUUUGUGAAUGGGGCUGGUUGGUUCUCUGCUUCGUAGGGCUGACCAGACAAAGCUGCGUAGACAAAUACAGAACAGAUUGCUAUGGACAGUGGCUUUAUUCAAAUUUGGGGACAUUUGUGUAUUUACACACAAAACGAAAAAUACUGGCAAUUUUACUUGCUGAAAUCUUGCUAGAACUAAAGAAAGUUGAUCUUACCAUAGAUUCAUAUACAGUCACAUGUGUACUAUCUUGGAGAAAAUAGUCUUAUUUCCCAAAGUCUAGGUUAUACAUAUAAAAUAGAAUUACAUAUAAGUGAAGCAGUCUCCUAAUCACGGCAUAAUAAUUAAGAAGAUACACUAUCAUUUUCACAGCUGGGUUUUUUAGAGCCCUGUGGUUUUGUUGCUUCUCAGUAACUGUAGAUAGGUGUGAGUCUGUCUCAUUCGAAUUGCAGCAAAGCACAGUUUGCUAAGUCCAUAGAACCAUCGACUACAUACGUGGUAAUUAGUUUGUUGACAAAGGAUCAGGGAUCUGUGUCGUGCCAGUCAGCUAGCAAGGACAAAUACGCACCUAUUUAAGAACAGACAUGAACUUACAUAGCGUCCAUCCACCUAAUCCACCGUUCACGAUUAUAUCCACCCAAUCCACCGUUCACGAUUAUCUCCACCCAUGUGUCUGUCUAUCCAGUUAUCAUUCUCUCUUUAGCUCUCCGACCUCCCUUUCUCUGCGUCCAUCUUGCCUUCUAUUCAGUCAACACAUAUUGAUUAUAUGCCGUGCGGUAUGCUAGUAUUUACACUAGAGAUUCCAAACUCCUGACUGCAGGGGGCAAUGUAGUAUCCAGAAAUAGUUAGGGCACAUGCUUUCCAGCCUUCCAGCCCCACAGCCCUCCUAUUUAUUUUCCACGUUUCGUUCCCAACAGCCACCAUUGGUUGAGUAAUGACUCCUUGCUGUGCUUGCCAAACAAUACAGACCUAUUUUCUCCUUUUUUCUCAGACUCAAAGUCUGACUUGAAUUUUCUAUGUUACCAGUGAGUAAUAUGAGACCUAGUGAAGUCCAGCAAUUUAUCACCAUAUUACAUGGCUCUCAGAAGAAUUUCUCAAUAGCUGUGUGUUAGCUAUAUAGUUACCUUAAAAAGAAUUUCAGGAAACAGAACCAGCUUCACCAAUCACUGAACUUCAUACCCGUUUCAAACCCUCUACCUAGUAUAUAUAAAUAUUAAAUUAAGUUCAGUAUUGUUUAUUUGUUUCAAUUUUAAAUACACAUUAAAAUUUUUUUAUUUUACCUUUACUCUUCAAAACUAAGCAGAAUAAUGACACAGUCCAGGAAUAAUGUAAGGGGCCAUUUAUAUAACAAAAUGAAUUUUAACCCUUUGAUAUGUUAGAAAAAAUAUUUUCAUUGUUUUUGAUUUUAUUUUUUAGCCUAGAAUGUAAAUCUAGGGCCAUUUUAAUUUUUACUGGAUCCCGAGAGAACUUUGAGGCCCUCCGCUGGCAGCUUCCUCCCUCUGUCCCCUACCCUCUACAGCCCAGAUUCUCAAGUGUUCUGUUCCCAUUCAAUCUCUGCCUCUCACUGUAAGCAUUACCUAAUUAGAAGACCUUAGGUAGACAUCUUCUCCAGGGGUCCUAUGCCACCUAGACAAUAAGAAUCCUUGACUGAGCUCCUGAGUUCAGUAGACCUGCCUUAAGAGUAUGUCAGCUCCAAGGAAAGAAUGUGCCAUGGGCUAACAAUUCAUGGCUCCAAAGAUUUCUGUGUCCUCCCUCUUGAGUUUUCCAUUAUGUUUUUGUCUUCCACUGAAGCACCUAUCACUUUUUUUUCUCCCUAGCAUGUUUCUCUCAAGCAAUAUUAGUGAACAGCUUUUAAAAGAGCUAAACUCAUUAACACAAUUUUUUGUUGGCUCAUAUUGAGCUUAUACCUGAUAUAAAGAAAUGGCCAGGAAACUCUCUUAGAUGGUGGUGUAGAUGUUUGGGCCAGAGGCAGGAAGAUGAGACCAUUUUUAUAGAAUAGAUGCCACAAAAAUCUCUAGUCUGCCACUUUUAUUAUAAUCAAUUUAAGUAUAAAUAUUUAUAGUUUUAUUUAUGCUAAAAAGAUUUAUAAAUAAUGAAAAAUAAGGAAGCUAUUACAUACUUGAAUAUCAAGUUUGACAAUUUAAAUGACUGCAAGUUUUUAAUAAAUAAUAUUUUUUAAUUUUAGAAUACCACAAAUUACCUUUGUACUCCUUACUAUAAACUUAAAUAAGUAAAUAUAGAAAUUCCAAUCAGAUCUCUGGUUUUAACAUUGUCUCUCUUCUUUUUAUUUCUUUCUCCUUGAUGUCUUUGUGACUAUACCUGUAUUUCACUUACAAAUUGUCAUCCCGACCUUUAUGUCCACAUUUUAACUUAAAAAGUAAUGUGAUUACAGUGACACAUUUCUCAGAACCACACCAUUCUGCUGCGCAAAUGUCUUUGUAGGGGAAAUUGGGAAUUGACAAAUUCUUAAAUUCUGCCUUAUGCUGAAAACUGAGGGAAAAUUUAAAUUGCCUCUUUGUGCAUCGCUAUGAGUAAAUCAACCAAUUGGAAGUAAAGAUGUUUACUAUGGUCAUUUCAAAAAUGGUUUUUGGUUAUGGUAAGAGGGUCCUACAGCACUGUCUUCAUACUUGUGAGUUUCUGCACCCCAGCUAGUAUCUUCAUCGCUGCCUUGUGUUUAUUUGCUAUGAAUCCCUCUUGAAGCUGUGUGCAUUGGUUACAUUGAUAAUGAGGAUGAUAACCCAAAGAAAAAUUCAAUUAUUAAAAAGCUAAAUGCUUUAGUGAGGUGUGUGAGGUCAGCUCACUUCCAGUGCGUGCAGGCUCAAUUACGCAUGAACUACUGUAGGCAAACUGUAGCAUAAUACUAAAUUUAAAACCUGUAACGUGGAUAAUAUUUUAAACUGGUUUUCACGUCCCUUAAGUAGCCUACAUACUCCUUCAUUUACCUUUGUCCAUUUUCUUUCCCAAUCCUCCUGCCUGUAGGGUAGUAUCUUCACAAAAUCUUGACCCAGUAUUAAGUCUUGCUUGCUCUGUUGUCUUUAAAUAUAUUCUUUGUUAUUGGUCUGUUUCGUUGUUCUUGUUGCUCAAAUGUCUUAAAUAAUGCCUCCCUAGAGACUAUUAGUUGCUUCCCUAGAUCCCUUACUCGCUUUAACCGGGCGUCAGUGGCCCUUGUCUAAUUGCGGUCAUGGAUGUAUUGCAGAUGUAACAGCAAUGCCAGUUGAGUAAUCCUCUUUUCAGUUAUGUUUCUCAAUGGCAGUUUGUUGUGUAAAACCAUUUCUGACAAGACUCAGUUGGCAGAUAUUUUUCUAACAAAUGUUCAUCCCAGAUGCUACUCGUAGUUAAACAGGAUGUGCCAAGAUUCAGAGAUUUAGAUAGAAAUGUAAAACCAUUUUAGAUUUUAAACCUUAAGGAGUCGAAAAUAGUCUUGUAGAAAGAACAGUAGUUCUCCAUAUGCGACUGUGGCCUGUACUUGAUAAAAAUAGAUAGAGCUUCAAUAUUUGUAUGUCAGGAGGCAACAGGAACUAUGAACGUGGCAUUAUAUUCAGUUCUUACAGUCACACCUCUGUGGAUAUCAGGGCUUAAGGCCCUGCAGGUGAUGUGGGCAUCCUCAUUAUCUUGCACUCAGGUUUUUCACUGAAGUCUAAUUAGCAAAUUCUUGCCUGUGAGAUUUUGUAAACUUUGGCGAAUCUAAGAAGCCUUAAAGGUCUAAGCGAGCAGUGGAAGUCCCUCUCUUUUGCCAGAUUCCUACAGGGAAACUGGUUUGAGAUUCCAAAAAAUUAUGCUCCCCCACAAUGCUUUUUUCUUCCUUUGAAUUCUACACUAAAGAAGUGAAGAGUUUUCCCUUUUUGCAUACUGUUUUUUUUAUUGCUUGCUAUCCCUCUGAAUAAAGUUUCUGUCUGGGUGGUCACAUCCUCGUUGUGUCUGUAUGGUUGCUGCUACAGUGAACAGAGAAGCAAAGCCCCAGAGUUUAAAUUAGUUUCCGCUUCAUGAGAUUGUCCAGUCAGUUUCGUGCAUUGGGGUAUUUAGCAUUUUAAUAAUGAACACUAUUUCUAAUUACUCAGGGUGUUUAGUCUUAAAAAAAAUGCAUGUGUCAGAUUUGGAAGUAGCAAAGCAAUGAUAAGAGCUGGCAGCUGGAUUAAAGCAAAACAUUACAGAAUUUCUUCUAAAUGAAUUAAAUAGGUUUAAAUUUUCUUGAAAGUGCUCUAUUUAGAAGCAGCAGUUCAGAGAAAGCAAGUAUACCAGCACACAGUGAAAUUGGCUCUUACUCCUCACGCGGGGCUAGUUCUAACUGACCACUGUGCUACUGUAUGGUUUGAUUGUGCUCACAGUUACAUGCCACUGUUCCCGUAAUAACAAGUUUUCUUCUUUGUUCAAAUGAAUUUCCUAAUUACACGUGUGAUGGGAUGUUUUAAUUCUUUUCCCUUUUCAAAUCCACCUUCCUGUUGCAAUGCAUGAU